UUAUAACUUAAAUAUGUAUAAAAAAAUAUAUGAAGUAUAUUUAUAUUGUUUUAAGAGUUAAAUAUGACAUAUUUGACCUUGGAUUGCAACAAAUUGUUGUCAAUUGAUGAUUUGUGUUUGGUAGGUUUAUCAAAAGUUUACAUCUCAAUCGAGCCUGAACUGGCUAAAAAAAUCAACUUAAACUUGGAAGAAAUAAAUUCAACUCCAAAAUGUAAUAAUAGCACUGAUUUUGACCUUUCUUUUGUCGAUAGAGAAUAUUUAAAAUCAAGAAUGAUUUGUUGUAACAUACUUCAGCAAGCACUUAGAUGGAAGCCAAAGCCUAAUUCACUGUUUAUAACCAAAUUGGUUAAAGCUCUAAACACAAACUCUAACUUUAAGAGAUUCCCUUCUGAUAAAACUCUUUAUAAUGGAGAUUUAUCCUACACCCAAUCUCCAGGAAUACCUAGAAUGUUAUCUACAGUUACAUCGCCAAAGUCUGACUUAAAUAACCCAUCAGAAAUAUUGCAAAAGGAGGUUGGAUUAUCGUCUGAUGAACUUAACUCUCUAGUUAACUCACAAACUGAAUUUUUAUCCAACGUCUCAGUCUUGGGUUCACUUCUGAAAACAAUGUCAAAUUUGAGUGAUUUGAAUAUGGGAUUACUGUGCGAAUCAAUCUCAGUGCCAUAUGAUUUUCUACUCCUUCCCGAACUCCAGAAGAUUCCUAACGUUAUGGAGACUGUGAGGAAUAUACUCUGGCUAACUGAAGACAGUAAACUCAUUCCAAAAAAGGGUGGAGAUAAGAAUUUAAAAUCACUAAUUUCAACUCAAUUGGUACAUACCUCUGAGCUGAGAUCUCUAUCUCAAUCAAUUCUUAAGGAAGUAUCCAAAAUGUUUUCAUCACUCUGCUCAAAUCUAGUACAACCAGAAUUGCAAAAUGUAGUUGAUAAAGCAUGGAGCGCCUCAUUAGAUUCACAGCUUAACGCUUUGUUAUAUUCUUUAAAAAAUGUUGUUGUUCUCUAUAACGAAAUACUCCCUCUUGUGUUCUCUAAAUACUCAGAAUCAUACAAUAAUGGAGUGGAAAAUUGCGUUGACGGGCUUAGUGUUGAAAGUUUAGAAAAGUCCUUGAAUAAGUAUAAUGAAUUGUUUUCAAGUUUUAAAGAAAAGUGGAAUAACUUACCAAAACCAACACUUACAUCGCUAGAAUACCUGGCUGAUUUGUACAAUGAUUACUCUAGUCUUAGUUUGUGCGUUUCAGUAAAUAUGCUUAAUUUGAAGGAGCUUAAUGACCAGAAAGCAUAUGAAAAGAAGGCUAAAUCGAGUAAACAGGUGCAAAAGUCAGUUUUAGGUCAUGGAAACGAAUUAUACAAAGAUUUUUUGGAUAAGGAAGUGUGUAAAGGAGUUAAGUACUGUGACUCAGGAGUGUGGGAUACACUAUCACGUACACUUAGUGGAAGCAGUCUUCUUAGCCUUUGUAAUAAAUUUGAAGCUCUUUUGGUACCUCAGAACCAGAAAACUAGGCUCCCAAAGUUGCCAAAGGGAACGAUGGACUUUUGCCCAAACGAGGUACUCACAAGGAGAGUAGUAAUCAGUUCAAUAAAGGACAUUUUCAGACAACACGGAGCGGUUGAAAUAGAAACGCCAGUUUUCGAGUUAAAGGAGACUUUGUUAGGAAAGUACGGAGAGGACCAGAAGUUAAUUUUUGAUUUAAAAGAUCAAGGAGGUGAACAACUAUCACUCAGAUACGAUUUAACAGUGCCAUUUGCAAGAUUUGUGGCAAUGAAUAAGAUGGAAAAGAUUAAGCGUUUUCAUAUAGGGAAGGUUUACAGAAGAGAUGAGCCACAACUUGCAAGAGGAAGGUAUAGGGAAUUUUACCAGUGUGACUUGGACUGCGCGGGUGAAUACCCCAAAAUGGUCCCAGACGCUGAGAUUAUUUUCAUCCUAGUUAGGGUGCUUAGACUUCUUAAGGGUGGCUCCUUUGCCGUUAGAGUGAACCACAGAGCAAUUCUUGAUGCUGUGCUUUUGCACUGCGGAGUUGAAGUUUCAAUGCACAGAACUAUUUGUAGCUCUAUUGAUAAACUGGACAAACUGCCCUGGGAUAAAGUUAAGCUUGAAAUGACAAGUGAAAAGGGACUACCAGAAUACAUUGCAGAUAAGAUUAAAGAGUUUAUUGAGAUUAACGGGACGUUCACCGAAGUUUUAGAAAAACUGAGGGAUAAAAAUGUCACAACACUCACAAAGGAUAGCUCAGUUACUAGUGUUAAGGACAAAUCAGAUGGUAAUGUUUUGGAUGAAAUGGCUUUGUUGUGGUCCUAUUUAGAAGCGUUUGGAGUUAAAGAAAGUGAGGUGAUGUUUGACAUGAGCCUUGCAAGAGGAUUAGAUUACUACACAGGAGUUAUAUUUGAAGCCUUUUUAAAAGACGAAGAGGUUGGAUCGGUAGGAGCAGGAGGGAGAUAUGAUGGACUUAUUGGAAUGUUUUCUGGCAAAAACGUGCCUGCGGUAGGAAUGUCAGUAGGAAUUGAAAGACUAUUUAGAACAAUGCCAAAGCAGAACUCUGGUGACUUGACAGACGUUUUUGUGUGCUCUGUAGGUUCCCCUCAAAUGUUUUUUGAAAGGAUGAAACUGGUCGGAAUGUUGUGGAGCCAUGGGAUCAGAGCUGAAUUUCUAUAUAAUAUAAAUGCAAAUCUACGUAAACAGCUGGAUGCCGCUACAGAUAAAGGAGUAUCAUUGAUGGUGUUGGUUGGAGAUUCUGAGCUAGAAACUGACACUGUGAAGAUUAAGAGGUUAAGUUAUAAUGAGGAAGAAAGAUUAGAAGAUUUAACAGUUAAAAGAUCCGAGUUGGUAAACACACUCAAAUCUCUCCUUUCAGAUAAUACCAAAUACGACAAAUUAGUAAAAACACUGUUUAAUCCCAAAUAAUUUGUAAAUUUUAAUUUAAUUCGUGAAA